GGGGCGUUCCCGGCCGAGCGGCGGUUCCUCGCGCGUCCGGACGUGGGCUUAGCGAGUUCCGCGCCUGCGGAGGGCGGAUGGUGGCGACCGCGGAAGGCUGAAUGGGAUAGGAGCGAAGGCCUUCCCCGUGCCCUCCCCCAACCCUGUUCUGUAUGUUUCCACUUACUCGCCCCAGUCUUUGUAAAAAAUGGGAGGCGGCUGUCAGAAGAAAAAACUUUAAGCCCACCAAGUACAGCAGCAUUUGUUCAGAGCACUUUACCCCAGACUGCUUUAAGAGGGAGUGCAACAACAAGUUACUGAAGGAGAAUGCUGUUCCCACGAUAUUUCUUUGUAUUGAACCACAUGACAAGAAGGAAGAUGUGCUGGGCUCACAGGAGCAGCUGCCUCCAGCUCCUUUAACACCGCCCAUCUCCCAGAUGGAUGCUGCUAUUGGGUUGCUGAUGCCUCCUCUGCAGACCCCUGACAACCUCUCGGUUUUCUGUGACCACAACUACACCGUGGAGGACACGAUGCACCAGAGGAAAAGGAUUCAGCAACUGGAACAGCAGGUCGAGAAACUCAGGAAGAAGCUCAAGACGGCACAGCAGCGAUGCAGAAGACAAGAGCGGCAGCUUGAAAAGCUGAGGGAGGUCGUGCACUUCCAGAAGGAGAGAGACGACUCGUCGGAGAGAGGCUACGUGAUUCUGCCAAGUGACUGCUUUGAGAUAGUGGAAGUGCCGGCAUGAGCAAGAGACAUGCGUUGAGUUUUUAAUGGGGCAACACCACACACCCUCUUUUAGCCUGUAAAGGAGUUUCCUUUGAAAAAAAUAACACUUGAUUAUUUGUAUAAAAGCAAUUCAGAAUAUUUUUUUAAAAAAAUAAAUUAGAUAUAUACUGUAAAAUUGUAAGGUUUUUGUUUGUAAUUUCAGGGUUUUUACAUUUUAACAAAAUAUCUUUGAAGUUAUAAACUAGCCUCAAACUGCCAAUGUAAGUUGGUUUCAAUAUUGGGGAUUUUUGUUUUCUAGAAUAUUUAUAGAAAUAAUGUAAAAGUAAAAAAAAUGAGAACAGUGCAGUAAGUUUUAAGUUUAAAAGUUAAAAUUCAUGCUGUUUAUUGAGAAAUUUAGUUAUAUUUUAAAUCAAGAAGGAUCAGAUCACGGGCAUAACGUCAAAAGAUAUAUAAGUAUAUACAUACCUAUACUCACAGAUUCUUACAGGUGAAGUCAGGAGAUUUCAUUUACCAUUCUGAGUCAGUUGUCAAAUCAGCAAGUCAGUACUUGAAAAGACUUGAGUGUCUUUGCAGCAGAAAAUGAACAUCUACUUAAUAAGUAACUUUAUGAAGAACAGAUUUUUUUAAAGUAGGCCUGUCUUUUUUCCCCAUUGUUAAGCUAGAAGUGUGUCUUCAGUGAAGGAAAAAUCCUUCAGUAAACAAAAUGAGGCUUUGUUGUCAGUGAGUAGUAAAGCUAGGGCCUGACCACGACGCUUGUUUCUGUAAUGACCCCUAGGUAAAGGACAGCCAGCUCCCUCCUGAGGUGAUAUCUGUGUCCAAAGCUUUAACAAAUGUGGUACUAGAGUUUGGUUUGUUUAUAUUAAUUUUUCAGUAACAUUGAUUUUAGCCAAAACUUCACCAAAAAAAUCAUUUCUUCUAACAAGUUAGAAAUUGUACCCCGUUUAUCUGAAUGAGUGAUUUGUAUUCAGAAGCAGCCUUAUGUAUGAUGUUUAUUUGCUGAAUGUUGAGAUUUAAACACUGAGGUUUCUGUUCAGACUGUGAGUUGUGUUCUGACUUUGUGAGAAAUUUUACAUAUAUUUGAAAUGGAAAUAUGUUCUGAGUAAACAAAUACUGCUAAUAGAAGUAACCUACUUAGAUUUAGAAUAACUAUUCCAACUCUGUCACUUUUAUAAAUGCACUGAGGUAGUUGAAGAGUAACAGACCUUUCAAGACAGUAUUAAAAUGUGGAACCAUUUUGUGUCUUUUGUAGACCUCGUUUUCAUUGUAAUUCACUGCCACACUGCCAUGGAUAGUACUUUGAUUCCUGAUAUCUUAGGAACCAGUGUCUCAAAAUAGAAAAUAAUGAUAAGAAGAUUACGUGAAGUCACAUAGUCUACUAGCAACAUUUAGAACUAACUCAGUUGAAUGCAUGUUCACUGGUUAUUUAUGGAACUCGUAGCUGUUCAUCUCUCUAGCAAUUUCUGGAAGAUACAUGGGUAGAUACUUUGCCAAGUAUUUGUCUUCAACCUAAAUUUUUGUCUUUCUACAUGAAAGAUUGUGUGUGUGUGUGUGUGUGUGUGUCCCCAGAACUGAGAAUCCAGAUUAGGAUAUAAAAGUAUUAAUCAUAAUUAGCAUCUUAGACUUAUUAUUUAAUCUGGAACUGCUUUCUUUUCAUAACAGACUUAAUUUUUCACUUGGAGAGAACUGAACAAGCAGCAUGCACACCAACUGCUUCCGUUUAAAUAAUUUAUCAUAAUUUAGCAUAAGGAAUUUGAGGUGCAGGCGCUUUUUUGUGAUUUGAGAUGUAACAUUUGUUGAGUGUUUUAAAAUUCAUUUGAUGUAUUUUAUUGUUUGUAACAUUGCCAAGGAAAGUAGAACAUUUAGGCUAAAAUAGGUCCUGUUCCAGCAUGGUGGAGCUCAGUCUGAAACUAACAGGGACAAGGUCUCAGUAUGGAAUAAAUGGGUUCUUGUA